CGGCUCCACUUGUAUAUAGCCCGGUUGUUGGGUUCUGGGUGGUUACCAACGACAUCACAUCGUCAACGAACACCGCACCGUCGCCAUCAACAUGGGUGUCUCGAAGAUCGAAGAGCCACAACAGCGGCGUCUGACGCUGUUUGAGCGGUACGCGCUCGCAACGUACAACACCGGCAAUCCAAUGGUCAUCAACUUUGUCGUGCAGUACCCGUCGUCCGAGCUGCCAGCAGUCGAGGCGCGGCUGCCGGAACGCAUCGCCUUCCUUCAGGCCCAGCUGCCCAUGAUGUCCGCCCGUCUGGUUGACACCAAGACGACCAAGCCCAAGUGGCAAGCUGGACCGCCAUGGCCGACAGAAAAGCUCCUCAGCACCGCUACCAUCCCACCACCUCGCUCGGACGAGAACGAACUUGCGUCCAUCCAGCGUGCUGAGCUUGAGCGGUUCCGCGCUCACGACUUUGUGGCUGGCCCUGUGUGGUCAGUACGUGUCUUCUCCUCGCCGACUUCCCCACACGGCUACGUGAGCUUCAUCACCAAUCACGUCAUGACCGACGGCACCGGCGCCCUGCGCCUCGUGACCCACCUUCUGUCGGCCGCCCCGCCGACCGUCGAGGCCGAGCCGUUCGCCUCUCGUAUAGUCUACGAAAAGGCCAUGCCCAUCAAGCCGGGCUUCCUCUUCCUCCUGCCAGUACUGUGGCGCGAGAUCAUCGUGCCAAACCUCCCGGGGGUCCUGCAGCGGAAAUUCUCAGCCGGAGAGCCUUGGCCCGGCAUCUUCGAGUCGCCACUAGGCAAGCCACUCGACGUGGCAUUGACAGGCCUGCCCGCCGACACGGUCGCGCGACUCAAGACGGCCGCCAAGGCCCGAGGCGUGGCGACUCUUCACCCCGUGGUGCAGAUUGCCUUUUCGGCUGCCGUCUGGUCCGUGUUCCACUCGGCGUCCGAGCCCGACCUGCGCUUCGUGACCAGCGUGCCGAAGGCGGAGCGCGACGUCAGCAAGGGGCACUCGAGCAUUGGGGUGUACGUUGCCCUGCUCGAGUCUGGGGGCACAACGAGCGGGAGCCAAAAAUUCUGGGACGUGGCGCGCGCCGAGGCCAAGUUCCUCAAGGCGCCCGCCACGCUCGACAAGGGGCGCAAGACCAUCGGCCUGUUGGCUUGGAUUCCCGACACCGGCGUCCAGGCCGCUCCGAAGGGCGUUGAGGGCACGACGACAGGCUUCGAGCGAUACCUGUACGAACGGAGCUCAACGAGCGCACCGUUCUUUGAGAGCCUCAUGAUCUCCAACCUGGGCCUGUGGAAGCUGCCCGAGGGUGCGACAGACGCCAUCUGGGGACAGGCCAACCAUCCCUGCUCGCUCGCACUGGGGAGCAGUAUCUACUCGCACGACGGAGGGCUGCGAUGCUCAACGCAGUUCUAUGAGGGUGCGCCGGCGACACGUGCCCAGGUGGAGCGGGUACAUGCCGUGUGGAUGCGGCUGCUGGAGCGAGCUGCGGAUGGGCUGAAGGACGGGGCUACGAUUGCCGAGGCCACGGCCGACUAAGGUGCAGGAUUACAUCACAGCUCUAGAUAUGCAAAUGCAGAAUGCUUCUUCAUCCCCUCAGCUCCGGGUCGGCGAUGAGCCGACCCAUCGCCUCCUCCUCCAGCCACAGCGCGACAAACACGCCGGGCUCAAACCACUUGCUGCCCUGCUCGCCGCGCGGCACGGCCUUGCGCGCAAUGACGAGGUAUCCUCCGAAGCCGUGCACGAGGUUGUGGACGUAGCACGGGCGGCCAGCGCCAAAGUCGGCGUCGUAGAGCGCCGAGCGUGCCCAGUUGGUGCUGCACACGGUCGUGUUACCCGGGAAGACGAUCCACUCGCGGGUAGGGUCGAGGUCGUGCGCGCGGCGGUGGAGCCAGGCUGCAAGGCGCUCGCUGGUGACGCCUUCGAUGGCAGACCUCACGCGCUGAGCGGCCACCACGCCGCCGGUGGGCGCGAGCACGUCACCUGCGCGCACGUUGAAGCCCAGGCACACGUUGAAGCACCCCGGCGCGGUCUCGGGCAGGGGCGGGUCGAACCGCCGGCGGUCGUCGCACGCAACCUCAAAGUCGAGCUGCGUCUCGGGCGAGUGCUGACGAGCGCGGGCGAUAAGGCGGAAGAUGUGGGCCGCGAACGCGUCCUGCGGCGAGACAAAGCUG